ACCCUCCACAUUCCUCCUCCUCCUCCUCUUCUCUUCUUUAUAUGCAAAUCUGCAGCAGUCAAAGUGGGAGUCCGGCCAGUCCACCCAUACAAGCAUAGCAUGCGCGCGCGCCCAUGUCCUCCUCCUCUGCUCUCCCCCUCCCCUUCCCCUUCUUCUUCUUCUUCUUGCACCUCCUCCUCCUGUUUCCGCCAUGCUGCACCGGCUGCUCCCGCCACCUCCUCCUCCAUGCCGGCGCCAACUAUUCCACCUCGCUCGCCGACAUGCUCCACGGCGGCAGCAACGUCACCGACGGCCUCAGGCGCUACCUGGCGCGCUUCGGCUACGCCUCCUCCUCCGCGCCUGACGACGACCCCGACGGCAACCUCAUCGUGAGCCUCUACCAGUCCACCCUCGGCCUCCCCGUCACCGGCCGCCUCGACGCCCGCACCCUCGACCUCCUCGCCACCCCGCGCUGCGGCGUCCCGGACCUGCACCUCCAACCGAACACCACCGCCCGCUUCGCCUUCUUCGAGGGCCAGCCGCGCUGGGCGCGCGCGCCGGGCCACUUCCUGCUCACCUACGCCGUCGUCUCCUCCUCGCCGCCCUACCAGCCGCUCCCCCUGCCCCGCAGGGCCGUGCGCAGGGCCUUCCGCCGCGCCUUCGCGCGCUGGGCGCGCGUCAUCCCGGUGCGGUUCCGCGAGACGCGGGACUACAACAUGGCGGACGUGCGCGUGGGCUUCCUCGCCGGCGACCACGGCGACGGCGAGCCCUUCGACGGGCCCCUCGGCGUGCUCGGCCACGCCUUCUCCCCGCCCAGCGGCCAGCUCCACCUCGACGCCGCCGAGCGCUGGGCCGUCCUCGGUGGCAACGACGGCGGCUCCGCGGACGCCGGCGCCGUGGACCUGGAGUCGGUGGCCACGCACGAGAUCGGCCAUGUGCUGGGCCUCGCGCACUCGUCGGUGCCGGACGCCGUCAUGUACCCGAGCCUGAAGCCGCGGACGCGCAAGACGGAGCUGACCCUGGACGACGUCCGCGGCGUGCAGGCGCUCUACGGCUCCAACCCGCGGUUCAGCCUCAGCUCCCUCUCCGAGCCCGACACCUCCUCCGCCUCCCCCGCGGCGGCCACCACCACCAGGUCGCCCGGGAAGACGACGUCCACGGCGACGGCCACCCCGCUCCUAUUGCUCGUCGCCGUCGCAGUCCUCUGCUAGCUUGAUUAAGCUCUGCUAGGUAGAUACACAUACGCUGCUGUAGACAUGAGUGCAUGACACGUCGUAAUUAACUUGUGAGACUGAUCGGCCAGGGUUUUAUCAGGUGGGUCGAUCGAGUUUCCCAUGUUUUUCUUUGGGUGUGGGGUUGUUUGGAUUGCUUUGAAUUGAAGAAGCAAUUCAUUCUGAUUGAAUAUAUUUAUACAAGAAAGGAGAAAAGAAAUGAGAAAACACAAGUCAAGCA